AUGUCGGCAGCGCCAGCCGUUCUCAAAGAUGGUAUCAAUACUCCAAAACCUGUGCACUCUGCCGACAGACCAAAAUUAAACAAACAGCCUACGACUCCUGUUGGAAAAUGGAGUGGAGGAGGACGAUCACGAAGUGAGCAAAAGAAAUUGAAUAUGAACAGUGCUCAUCGACGUGUCAGGUCAAAAUCCGCGUCGAGAACAACAGAUGAUGUGAAGUGUAAUAUUCAAGUCUCUUUACGAGUCCGCCCAUUCCUUGAAGAGAAAAGAGGUGAAGAAGGACAAAACGAAGUGUUGCGUAUCGAAGGGAAUAAGGUAGAAAUCACAGCAAAUCAAAAGAAGAAUUGUUUUGAAUUCACCAACGUUCUCGACGUUAAUUCAACUCAAGAAGACGUAUAUAACAAAGUUGCGAUGCCGCUGCUUUCGCAUGCUCUCAGAGGAAUCAAUGUUUGCGUGUUUGCGUACGGUCAAACCGGUUCCGGAAAAACUUACAGUAUUAUUGGCGAUCACAAUAAUCCAGGUCUUCUUCAACGAUUCUGUGAAGAUCUACUUGACGCGAUCCGAGAAGUGAACAUCGAAGAACGUCGAUUAACCGUAUCAUUCUAUGAGAUCUAUCAAGAAAAGGUCUGUUCGUUUAUUUGUUGCCUUUGCUGUAUUGGAGGGGAGUCUAGAUCUUUUGCGGCAUAUGAAUUGGGAAUUAACAUUCAAGAAAUACAAUAA